AUAACGGUUUGAAAACCGAAGUUCCAAGCUCAAAUGAAGCAGAGCAGUCUCAGACUCAAGCUAUUCGAAUGCCGAGCAUGGAAGAAAUCCGUGCUCAAGAAGUUUGGAAUAACUGUGCUGUCCGUAGCGUCGCUAGUGGAGUCAUGGGAGGUGGGCUGGGAUUCAUGAUGGGCAUAUUUCUGGGUGCAUUGGAUAAUCCUUCAACGCAAGAACAAGUGAGUGGAAGGCAACAGUUGAUUUAUAACUUAAAGCAAAUGAGGACAAGAAGCUGGAGUUCUGCAGAAACAUUUGCAGUUAUGGGCGUUGUGUUUUCUGCUGUUGAAUGUGUUGUUGAGAAACCAGAAAUCAUAACACAUACACGUCGAAAUUGAAUUGGAGACUGAACUCGUAUUCAUUGUUUUUCUUAA